CUAUACGUGUGUCAGGGAGACUCUUUCCAUGGUACCGCUCUGCCUGGCCUGUGCUGCUUUGCCGCUGCUGCCUUGCCAUCCUCCUCCGGACAGGACUAGCUGGCCAGCCCUGCUGUGAUGUGUGUCUCUCCCAUAGCUGCUCCACUGAAACACCACCAGUGCACCUUCCUGAAAAGAAGAGAAGCUACAUCACCUUCUGGAUGGUGAGCUGGCCCAGCCCCGCAGAGUGUAGGAGCCGCAGCACGCAGCGUGACCCAAAGUCUAGCGGCCGGCACGCUCGAACAAGCCCACAGACCAGCCUCGGGAUGAACUCCCUUGACCGGCGACACCGGGGAGGCCGAACAGCCAAGCAGGGACAGAUGAAGUACGCCGAUGGCUACAUGGAUGAGACGGAUCGGGAAGUGAGCAGCCUCACUGACCGUGCCUUCAGGAGCCUCUGUGUCGGGGAGGAGGGUGCCUACACCGACCCCGAGCUCACCUCCUCCCCAAGGGAUGCCUUCACUGUAGAGCUCCCUGCGACAUUCCAGUACUCUAUCAUAGAUAGCCAGGAUCAGGGUCUCCAGUAUGAGUCGCAGCUGAGCAAUGGUGCCAUUGAGGCCACGUUGCAGAAGAGACGCAGUAGGUCAAGAGUCUCAUCCCUCGUAAAAGCCUUCAGCUCAUCCGAGGGCGGGUCUACAAUGGAUGGGGCGCCGGAUGGCUGUCGGAGUGACCCGGACGGCUGGACCUGGGAGAGGUCGGCACUGCUCAGCCUCAACAAUGAACUGUCGGAUUUCCCUGCUUACUGCCGGGACCCUUUCAUCCCCGCUGCAUCACUUCAGGCCUUCCAUCUAGGGCCUGCCUCAGCCUCGAGCAAGACACUGAGGAAUAAAGCCAGCAAGGCCACGUUCCGGAAGCUCAGCUCCAUCAACUAUUUCCUCCACAGUGAGCACAGCCCAUUCCAGACAUGGGCGGAUUACAACAGGAUUCCUUGCGAGCGGGAAGCCACAUCCUCUACUCUUUCCCCCAGUGGCUUUCAUAGGUGGUACGACUCUCCUCUGUACAAGGAGCUGACUGCAUCCCACAGAAUCCAAACCACCCACUCUGAGGAUGUAAAGUCCUACUGGAUGCCAAGCAAGGACAGGACACCUUCCGUACCUGAGAGAUCAGUGGUUCAGCCCAAGCCUACUGCUGUGGAAAAGCGAUGUGAGUCAGAAGUGGUGGCCAAGUGCCCUCCUUGGAGAAAGAGCAGGAAUCAGUUGAGCAAUCAGCUUCCGGUGUACCGGCCGUGCACGGCCUCGCCCUGCAGCCACACGUCCCGGCGACGUGACGACGCCUCCUUCUCGGGGAGCCGCCCAUCCGCCGUCCACUAUCAGGUGCACACAUUAGUGGGCGAGCAGACGGCCGGCAGCUGCACCCCGUUCAGCAUCUCGCAGCUUCUCACCCCUGUCCUAAACGCCAGACAAGAAAUGGAAACCUCUGAGGUUUCACAAUAUGAACUUUCGCCUGCCGACGACCUUGCUGCCCUAAGAGACGCUGAGCCCUGUCCUCCCCCGGAGCUCAAAUUACGGGACAGCUACAAAGCCAUGGCCUCCAGCUUGCUCUUCAACCUCAAAGAUAAUCGGAAGAGGGUGAAGAGCACAUACAGCCCCACAAAAUUCAAAGGCCUGGAGCUAUCGGACUCUGACAAUCUGCCUUCCAGGCAGGACAAUGCUGCUAUUGCAAUGAAAAAAUCUGGUUCUGGGCCUCCUUGGCCUGGAAUCAGUACAAAUGUGCAACCUGGAGCAGCAGAGGCAUGUUCAGUUUAUAGUCCUGCCUUGCAGCCCACAAAGGCAUCAGCAGCUGAUCAUACAAAAUACACUGAAGCCAACAGACUGGAUGACUAUUUCACAUUAAUCUCACCUCCAACUGUCAAAGAAGCUCCUCAUUACAGUGACUCUGACAGAAUCACACAGGAAAAUACUCAGCAGAGAGAUCAGCUCUUUGCGAGUCAACAGAGUCAAUACAGGCAUGCAGAACAUCUCCCCGCAGCAUCCAAUGAAAUCCUAUCCAGAAACAAAUCAAACCAACCCGCCAGGAAAGAGUACAAGACAAGCCCAACAGAGCAGCUAUCAACAGGAGGGCCUACUGGAUCCACCACAGUAACAUAUUCCGUUAAUGAAAGACGAAACUCAUUUUCCGUGAAAGAGAAGGACAUCAUCAGAAGAGAUGAACUUCUACACAACAAGAUGGACACUACACAAAGUCUGGCAGUUUUCAAAAAACAUGACACUGGACAGGAGGUGCAAGAAAAUCGAAACAGCCCCAACACAGAUGCAUUUAACUUGUGUGAAAAUGUAAAUGUCAGAUCCACAAGAUCUUCACUGAAACCGGAUGAGCUGGUAUGGAAUAAGCCGAGCAGCCAAAUACUUCAGGUGCAAAAGUGGGGUGGUACUACCCAAGGUACUCAUGCACUGAAGGGAAAAUUAGAAGCAGAUACAGGAUCCCAUACAAGCACUGAAAGACAGAACACUACACAACAUUUGUUUCCCCAGAAUGAAUCAGAGCACAGCAGAAUAGCAAUGAAUGAAAUCAAAGAAAAGGGCCAUAUACGACAGGGAGUUCUUAAAAUCCAAGCGAAUGACCCGGAUAGCCAUGGUGUACCAGCACACUGUCAAAAUCUGCAGGAUCUGUGUAUAGGAACCAUGAAUAGGGCCGAUGAUCAGACUGCUAAAAUCCCUGCAAAAGGCCUAAAUGAACUUUCCUCAAGUGGGUUAUACACAGUGCAGAAUGAUGAACCAGGAACAAAACACGCACAUUCACUGAAAGAAAACAAACACAUUUCCGGUGAUGUGCUCCCUAAACCUAAAGGACUUACGGAGAAGACUGCAUCACAACGAAAUGAGGAACUCCCUGAUCAAGGGCAGGAGUCUGUUAGAUACUCGUCAAACACAGAAAGCACAUCAGAUAAUUACAGUAACUAUACACAAGCCAAACCGAGAGCAGGCCAGCAUGCUACUGGCUUGAAACUUCCUGAAAGCAAUACAACUGCUGCUAUAGAACAAGGCCAUAUGAAAAAUGAACAUCCUAGCGAAGACUACUGCUGGGCUAAACAUGGUGGACAAAUGACCAAUGAGGACAUUUUAAACAAAGCACAUCCCAGUGUUAGGAAAACUAGGGGAGAGAAAACACUUGCACAGAAUAGUAUCAAAGCAGGUACAGAAUAUGAACUCAGCAAAGGUCAAGGUUCAGAUGACACUGAAAUAGAUGGACAAGAAAAAAGAGAGAGAUUUAUAAUGAAUGCAGUUAGGAAAAACGAUGGUUUUGUUCAAGAAAGAGAGAAAAGCUAUCAGGAAUCGCAUGCGGCAACAGAUCAGGAAGUGAAUGGCACCGUGGAAGAACAAGGAGCAAGAGAAAAUAAGCAUAUAAAAUCCAAACAGCCAGAUGCUAUUAAUGAGGAGGUGUUUUCAAGAAUGGAGAGUCAUCCUGUGGGUAAUAGCGAGGACAUUAGUGGUGGAAAUGACCCGGCAAGAUGCACGCUUGAUGAAAAAUGUAAAAAACACAAUGGAUUAGCAAGUAAAGACAACCAUAAAAUCAAACACAGAAUAUUUACAUUUAACCAGAGAGACCAUGCAAUGCAGGAACUGCUCACAUCAAAAGUCAAAGCUCAUGCUCAGAAAGAAAUCAUUGCCAUCAAAGAAAAGGGCCACGCUAAGCGGGAAGGGAUCCUUUCUGGCAGGAAAGAUUUUAGAGAACGAGUGAAUGAUGGGCAGGGAAUAGCUAACCAAGGCUUAGCUAUAGCCAGUGAGAACUGGGACAUGAAAGCUGAAACUCCCCCAAGAGAAUGUUCUAAACCUGGCACACUGCCAAAGAUCAAAGAAAAUGAGGCACCUGAAACAGUAGUGAAACAAGAGACACCUGCCAACCAGGGAAGUCAGGAAUCGAGAUAUACAGCUCCUUUUGCUAAGAAGGAAGAUGCUGGAAAUGUUGUACUUCAUGGAAAGAAGAACACGAUAAAUGACCAACAAGGGCUGUUGCAAACUGGAAACUUACAUAUUCAGAAACCAUCACACGUCAUCAAGGAAACUUACUCAAAACAAGAUUUAAAACAAAAACAUGACACUUGCAUAAGUGAGAAAAAACAAGAACCUGCUAAUAAAGAAGUACAUGAAAACAGGAUCGGUGACAAACAAGAACUUUUGUCAGUUGACAGUGGGAAAGCUGAAACUGUACCAGUCAACAGCCAAGCUGAAGUUACCCCUGCAGGCAAACAAAAGGACAACAUUAGCAAGAAGGUUCUGUCAUAUGGCGAGAAAGGCCACACUCUGAAUAAAAAUGCCUCGCUUGGGGGAAUUCCCAAAGCUACACUGGAAUUUCCUGCAAGAACAACAGAAGAAAGUGAUAUUCCUCACAAGGACAGACUUACAAAUAAUAAUCAAGAAGGCCUUCAGUAUAAAAACAAAGAGCAUAUUCAAAAUGAAGCUACUAUAACUGAUAAAUAUUAUCCAUCUGAUCAGGGCAAAUUCCCAUCAGAAAAGGAGAAUCCUGCCAAAGUAUGUACACUUCCAAACAUAGGGAGUACCAAUGAAAAGCCACAUAAGGGUCUACUGAAAGAAAGGGAAAGUGUCAAUGAAGGUGACAGAAUGGAACUAGGCACAAAAGAAGAAUGCAGCACUGUAGUAGCAGCAUCAAUGCAAAAGGUCCAAGACGGAAAAGAAGACAAGAGAACAGCAGCACCAAUGAGGAAUGUCCAAGCUAAAAAAGAAGACAAGAGUACAGAGACACCAAUGAGGAAUGUCCAAGCUAAAAACGAAGACAAGAGUAUAGGGACACCAAUGAGGAAUGUCCAAGCUAAAAACGAAGACAAGAGUACAGGGACACCAUUGAGUAAUGUCCAAGCUAAAAAUGAAGACAAGAGUAUAGGGACACCAAUGAGGAAUGUCCAAGCUAAAAACAAAGACAAGAGUACAGGGACACCAAUGAGUAAUGUCCAAGAUAUAAACGAAGACAAGAGUAUGGGGACACCAAUAAAGAAUGUCCAAGAUAAAAAAGAUGACAUGAGUUCAGGGACACCAAUGAGGAAUGUCCAAGAUAAAAAAGAUGACAUGAGUUCAGAGACACCAAUGAGGAAUGUCCAAGAUAAAAAAGAUGACAUGAGUUCAGGGACACCAAUGAGGAAUGUCCAAGAUAAAAAAGAUGACAAGAGUACAGGGACACCAAUGAAGAAUGUCCAAGAUAAACAAGACAACAAGAGUAUGGGGACAUCAAUGAGAAAUGUCCAAGAUAAAAAAGACAACAAGAGUACAGGGACACCAAUAAAGAAUGUCCAAGAUAAAAAAGAUGACAAGAGUAUAGGGACACCAAUGAGGAAUGUCCAAGAUAAAAAAGAUGACAAGAGUAUAGGGACACCAAUGAGGAAUGUCCAAGAUAAAAAAGAUGACAUGAGUUCAGAGACACCAAUGAGGAAUGUCCAAGAUAAAAAAGAUGACAUGAGUUCAGAGACACCAAUGAGGAAUGUCCAAGAUAAAAAAGAUGACAUGAGUUCAGAGACACCAAUGAGGAAUGUCCAAGAUAAAAAAGAUGACAAGAGUACAGGGACACCAAUGAGGAAUGUCCAAGAUAAAAAAGAUGACAUGAGUUCAGGGACACCAAUGAAGAAUGUCCAAAGCCGGAAAGAAGUUCUUGGGACAAUAGAGAACGAGUUUGUUAGAAUUAAUGUUUUUGCAAUUACAAGAAAAGUUGAUACUGAAUGGGAAGACUCUUCAUCAGAGCGCAACGAUGACAACGCAAUAUGUGAAAUCAAAGAAAUGGAACAGAUCAAAGAGGAAGCCGUCACCUAUACAGCAGGCUCUGAGAAUGCUUCAGCAAUUACCAAUCAAACAGUCAAAACUGCUGGAGAAGGAAAGGGCCGUGUUAAACAGGAAUUGCCCACUAAACAAAACUGCCCAACAUCAGAAGCCAUUACUGAAGAAGAAUUUUCCAAGCCAGAUAUAAAAAGACCAAUGGAACAUGAUAUACAAGGAAGAAAUGCAACAAAAGAAAUUACUAAACCAGUGGUGCUCAAAGCAACAGAACUGUCUAAGAUAAUUCCCUUAGUGAAGCAUGAGCACACAUUUCCAGUUACACAGGCUAAAAAAGGAAUUACUAAUGAGGGUGAACCUGCAUCCAAAAAUCACAAUGAAGAAGUUCUCACAGCAAGAGAACACAACAAAGCAGCAAUCCAAUGCAAAGUUCCUGCUAUGCUGAGCACAGUCUCACCAACAUCUGCAGAUCAUACUCAGCUGGAGACACUAGGGAAAGAAGAUUCACCUGCAAGAAAAGAUUUACAACGACAAAAGUUCCCCAAAGUACCAACUACAGUGGAAGGCCUUGAAGACAGUAUGUAUGCUACAUCAAAACAUGAUAAACAAAAGGUAUUUGAAGAACAACCUGCAGAACCAGAGAUAAUUAGAACUACAAAGUACAGUAAACCAUUAAAACUUCCAACAACAGAAAACUCUAAAAUUGACACAGAUAGAAUUAAACUUAAUAUAAGCCCUGAAGUUAUUGCAAAAAAGGAAGAUCCUGAGAGGAAUUUAUGUUAUACACACAACGACAGCACUGAAAUCCAGACAUUCGCAACAAAGGACCACAUGAAUGUGCUAAUGUCUGCAGCUGAAGAUCAUAAAUCAGAUGGUCACAUUUCAGCUGAAGACAGUGGAAGAAAAAGCCCCAAAUCAGAUGUAUAUGAAAUGCAACUUACUAAAUCAGGGAGCCAGGGACACAUAACAACAUAUGAUAGUAAACAACCAGCACCCACAAAUAUACAAGAGCAUAGUAAAUCAGGGGCACAUGUAGAAACAAAGAUCACUCAACCAGGUGUACGUGUAAAACCAGAAGACAGUAAACCAAGUGAGCUACCAACAUCAGAACAUCCUAAACCAGAGGUACAUGCAAAAGAAGAUACAGCAGUCUUCACAGAACAUAUUACCUCAGCUGCACAUCUAAUGAGAGAACAUUAUAAACAUGUAAAACCUGAAGACAGUAAACCAGUAACAAUGGAACAUCCUAAACCAGAUGUAGGUCUAAAACCAGGAAACAUUAAACCAGGCAAACCAGUACCAAAUGAGCAUCCUAAACCAGGCGUAGGUGUAAAACCAGAAAACAUUACACCUGGUAUACCAGUACCAAAUGAGCAUCCUAAACCAGGCGUAGGUGUAAAACCAGAAAACAUUAAACCUGGUAUACCAGUACCAAAUGAGCAUCCUAAACCAGGCGUAGGUGUAAAACCAGAAAACAUUAAACCUGGUAUACCAGUACCAAAUGAGCAUCCUAAACCAGGUGUAGGUGUAAAACCAGAAAACAUUACACCUGGUAUACCAGUACCAAAUGAACAUCCUAAACCAGGUGUAGGUGUAAAACCAGAAAACAUUAAACCUGGUAUACCAGUACCAAAUGAGCAUCCUAAACCAGGUGUACGUUUAAAAUCAGAAUACAGUAAACCAGGUGUACUGGUAACAACAGACCAUCCUAAGCCAGAUGUAGCAGUAAGAACAGAACACCCUAAACCAGUUUUACGUGUAAAAUCAGAAUACAGUAAAACAGGUAUACAAGUUACAACAGAAUAUCCUAAACCAGGUGUACCAAGAACAGCAGAACAUCAAAAACCAGAUAUACAUAUAAAAUCAGAAGACAACAAACCAGGUUUACCAGUAACAACAGAACCAAAUAAAUAUGUAAAGCCAGGAGAUAGUAGACCAAAUGUAUCAAUUGCAGGAGAACUUCCUAAACCAAGUGUCCCAAAACGAACGCAGCAUCCUAAACUAGUAACAAAAGAACAUACUAAACCAGAUAGACCAGUAACAACAGAGCAUUCUAAGCCAGGUGCUCCAAUAAGAAGACAACACCCUAAUCUAGAUAUACCAGUAAAAACAGAGCACCAUAAGACAGGUGAUCCAAUCAGAACAGAACACCUUAAACUAGAUAUACCAGUAACAACAGAGCACCCUACACCUGGUUUAUGUAUUAAAUCAGAUCACAGUAAAGCAGGUUUAUCCGUUAUGACAGAACACCCUAAACCAAGUGUCGAUUUAACAGAAGAACAUCCAAAGCCAGGUGUACAUUUAACAGCAGAACAUCCUAAGCCAGGUGUGCAUUUAACAGCAGAACAUCCUAAGCCAGGUGUGCAUUUAACAGCAGAACAUCCAAAGCCAGGUGUGCAUUUAACAGCAGAACAUCCUAAGCCAGGGGUUCCUGUAACAACACAACAUUAUAAACUAGACGCACCAGUAACAAUAGAACAUCUCACGUCACGUGCAAAAUCAGAAGACAGUAAAUCAUGUGUACCAGUUACAACAGAACAUUUUAAUCCAGUUACACAUAUAACAGCAGAACCAUAUGUACCAAUAACAACAGAACAUUUAAAACCAGAUAUGCAUGUAACAACUGAAGACAGUAAACUAGGUUUACCAGUAAGAGCAAAACAUCCUAAACUAGUUGUACCAAAAACAACAGAACAUCCUAAGCCGGAUGUACCACUAACAAAAGAGCAUCCCACACCAAAUGUACCAGUAACAAUAGAACAUCUUAAACCAGGUUUGCAUGUAAAAUCAAAACACGGUAAAACAGUGGUAGCAGUAACAAAAGACCAUCCUAAACCAGAUCAGUCAGUAACAAAAGACCAUUCUAAACCAGGGGCAGCAGUAACAACAGAUCAUCUUAAAUCAGUUUUACGUAUAAAAUCAGAAGGCAGUAAACCAAGUAUACCAGUUGCAGCAGAACUUUUCAAAUCAGGUGUACAUGUAACGCGAGAAGACAGUAAAGCAGGUGUACCAGUAAUCACAGAACAUCCUAAACCAGUUGUAUGUGUAAAACAAGAAUACAGUAAACCGCAUGAACCAGUGACAACAGACCUUAACCCAGGUGCAUCAAAAGAACAUACCAAAAAAGGCAUUCCUGUUAAAACAGAACACACCACACCAACAUUAGAAUACACUAAACCAGUCGUGCCUUUAUUGAAAGAAGAAGCUUUUACAAAUGAACAUCCUAAGGCACCUUUGAGAAAAGAACGCAAUAAACCAAAUGUUCAUGUACGAAAAGAACAGCAUGAACUAGAGCCAUUGUGUCAAGAAUCCGGAAACCUAGAAAUGCUUGCAAAACUAAAAGGUUUUACGUCAGAUAGAGUUCUAAUAAAUAAUUGUACUACGGAACCUGCUAAAUCGGAGGUUCAUGCAACCAAAGAUGGCGCCGAGACCAAGCCAAAGGACUUUUCAAAUCUAGGUAAUUCCCACCUAGAAAUGAAAAAUGAUCCAGCCUUGGUGCCUAAAGAAAAAAGUCAAAUAUCAAAGCAUACAUUCCCAUCUAAAGAAUAUACUAAGACAAAAGUGGGUAUGCUUACUGAAAAAGAAGAUAUAAAUAAAGUGAGAGACAUACAUACAUGGAUGGAGAGAGACCAGGUCAUUUCAAUGAAGGAAUUAGAAGCCAAAGACGAUUUCACUGGAAGGCAAGGAAAUUCAGUGUCUGACAAGCACCCAAUCUAUGCUGAAACACCAAAAAAGGCCUUACAUGAAUCAUAUUUGUCUGUGCAAGAAGCCCAGCAAAUUCUGGAACAGGAAUUAAAAGUACGGAAUAGUCCGGGGAACACAGGAAUCAUACAGCAGAGGGAAAGCAAAGAGGAGGGACUGCCAUACUAUGCCAUUACUAACCAUGAUACUGAAGUGGAGGCUAAAGGCACAUUGUAUAACUCAUCCCAAAAAACUGAGAUGGCACGGAGGACAAGGGAAAUGGAGAACUCUGGGAAAGUGGUCGAUGACGGCAGGUGGACUCACAACACCACGGACCCUGCUGAAGCCCACGUACUUUCCCCACGACCUGAUACUUCCUCACCAUCUCUGGGGAAGCCCAUAUUGUUCAAAGUGAAGGACAACACCUUCAAAACAUCACCUGUAACCAAAACAGUAAAGCCAUAUUUCCACAAGACGUUUCCAGAAGAUCUCCAACUCUCUUCCCCCAUCAGUUCUGAGAAGGGAGAGGACUGGCAUGACGCCGUUUCAGAAGACACCAAAGUCGUCCAACAUGCUGCAGGUCUAUCAAAUCGAUUCCAGCAGCCAAAGGAGCGUUCACCUCGCAAGGCCCUGUUUCCCUCAGAUUCUACUGCCACAAGAGAACCACAUGGUUAUUCCAAGAAGAAUCUUGCCCUAGAGGAGGAUGAAUGCUGCUCGAUAGGGAGUGCUUUGUCAGAAGAGAGCUGUGCUGCAGGUACAGCAGAUGUGACAAAUGACAGGGCUGGAAUCCUUGGGGUAACAGAGGUGGCUGAAGUCUUGAGAAGUAUCAGUGAGAGGCCAGAACCAACCUGCAGUGGAAAUGAAGGGAAGACAUUCGGCAAACCACCAGUAGUUCCCCCCAAGACAGAGAAGGCCCUCCGUCGUGCCCAAAAGCUAACGACACGGAGAAUAAAGAAGGCCGACGCUAAAGUGAGGCCUGAUGGAACUUGGCACCUGGAUCAGACCUCCCUUCGCAUGGUGUCCAGUGAGCCACCAUCCCCUACGGGGCAGCUGCUGUCACAGCCCCUUGCACUCAACCCGAAUGCCGCUUCACAUUACUGCAUGGAGCCUGGCUGUGUCCCCUCAGCCCCAAAGUUUGUGGCUCAGCCCUUCCCACUAACCGAGAGGAAACUCCUCCAGGACCCAAACUCCGGUCAGUACUUUAUGGUUGAGAUGCCAGUACCGGUCAAGACAAAAACCUUUUUUGAUCCUGAGACAGGCAAGUACAUUCAGCUGUCAGUCCGCCAGUCGCCAGAGGGCACCUUGUCGCCAGCAUCAUCGGUGGAGCUGAUGAGCCCCCCGUAUCUUUUGUACCCCGGCUUCCUAACUUUGCCCGUGGCGUCUGUGCCCCCUCUGAGGUCCUCCUCCCAGAUGUCUGCGCCAGCCGCCCUGGCAGAUGACCAGGAGAUGCUGGAGCUGAACGACCCCUGGGUCCAGAAGGGCUACUGCCCUGAGUUUGGCCAGGACUCACAGAUGUACAUCGAGCCUGUAUACAUGCAACAUGAGCAGCCUCAGGAGCCAAGACACACUGAGAGCAAGAGCAGCCAGAGAAAACUCAAUAUUAUCUCGAUGAGCGAACUGGAGGAUUUUGCUGUGGAAAGUACAUGAUGUCUUGGGACUGAGAACUAAAAGAAAGUAAUGAUGUUAUGGUAUAUAUGUAUAUGCACAUAUCUGAGGCAAUAUGAAUGUAUGUCAGACUUAUUGACACACAAAGAUGGAAUUAUUUCUUAAAAUGACUGGCAAUAAAAUAUGCAUGCAUUCACAUGCACUUGCAAAGAAAUGUCCUAUAAUAAUAUGUAAUGUAGAUUUAUUUUUAUUAUUUAUUGUAGCUGAUGUUUUAAGAGAGUUAUUUGACAAAGCAGUUUAUUUAGCUCUGCUUAAAGAUACCAUUCCAUUUCAGAUAUCCUCAGUCAAAAAGCGAUAAAUUGUGGGUAUAUUUGGGUGCAUUGUGAUCUAAGCCCAUUCCCUAGGAACUAGGUGUUAGAAGCCCACCUAAAGAUGGUUAAACUCCAGAGCAUAAGCAUUGCAAUAAAACUGCAUGAAGCUGUUCCGAUGGAUAGCGUAUUAGGGAUGAUAAUUUAUAUGAUAGAAUUCAGGCACACCUACGGUUUUGAGUCUUAGUAAAGAAUGAGUCAGACUGAUCAUUUUUAUCACACGGGUUUUGUUUGAAAUUGCAAUUCCCUGAGCAUUUCAAACUGUGGUGGUCUGCUUGUGACAGGUACAAGCCACAGUGCUCCGAGAUGCACUGCCGCUGUGCUGUCUGCAGAUUUGGGUGAGGAAUGUUACUGACAUUUACAUUCAGAAUGCACAUAAUUGUGUAUUUUAUAUAGCUGUUAAAAACUAUUCAGGUAUGAAGUUGGUGCUUCAAGCCAAAGGAAGGUUUUGUUCUUGUACCCUUGGUGACCUACAUAACCUGAAUUAAAUCUAUUAAGAAAUAUG